AUGACUGACACUGCACCAGAGAAUCUUAACUGUCAGCCCGACUGGAUUGAGAGACCGGGAGAGAGCCCGGAUCACAGGUGCAGCAUUCUCAUCGGUGCAGUAAUCCACCUGUGCUCAUCACUGAACAUGCAGUUGGGAGGUGGUGCCCAGUUAGAGAUGCCUCAUGGGUACAGGCUUUUUAAAAAUUCUGCUGGUGUCAUUAGUUCUGCCCGCUUCCUCCCAGGUUUCCCAUCUCCUCCUCCCCCAGCCUCCCGGGGACCCGAUCUGCGGGCAGCACCGGCUCGCUGCGGGGAAGCACGUCUCGCCUGCAGUGCAAACCCGGCCCCCUCAGACCAGGAGGCAGCCGGGCCCGGUCCGGGAGCGUGGACCAGGCUGCGAGAGGCCCCAGGGGCGCCCCCAGGGCCGCCGCAGUGCACGCGCACACGGAGCCCGCGGCGCAACUUCCCCGCCGCUCCCGGCUCCCGGCAGCCCGAAAGGUGCGGCGUGGGCGUCAGCUCGCGCGCGGCGCUCGGGUCCUCCGCUGACAAUGACAUCAGUCAGUCUCCCGGCCCCGCUUCCCUCCCGGUCAGCCUGGGGCGGGGGCACCGGGCUCUGGGUGGCGGGGGUUGUGGGCACCAGUGCCCGCGGCCGGAAUUCCCUGCAGCCAGGAAAGGGCGACCGCGGUCGGGGAAGGGGACCGUGAGAGCGACACCCCCUCCCACCCAGGAUGACACGGCCGCUCCCACGUCCCCGCAGCCAGGCUGUCCGGCCGGGGGCGACCUCGGGGAAGGCGAUGCCCCGGGGCCCGAAGCCGCGGCCGCCCAGCCCUCCGCGCGUCUCUCGGGGUCCCCGGGCGCGGGGCGCGCACAAUGUCCCCGGGCCGCGGCGCGGGCAGCGCGGGGUCCGCCCAGGCCUCCCCUGAGCGAGCGCCUGGGACGCCUACCUGAGGGCGGCGGCGGAUCCUGCGGCUCCAGGCUGGAGGCGGCGGGCGGCCCCGGCCAGCGGAGGAGCAGAGCACCGGCGCAGCCUGCGCGAACAGCCGCGGUCCCCGGCUCCGACAGCGGCGGCGCCCCCAGUGUCCGCGGCGCCGCAGCCCCUCCUCCCGCAGGCGGGGCGCGCUGGGGGCGGUGCUCAGGGCUCCCCGCCCCCCGGUUCCGCGUGUCAGGCCGGCUGGAGCAGAGCCCGGAUCCGUCCGCAGAGGGGAGUCCUCGUGCGCGGAGAUCACCCGCGGUGGAGACCCGCGCCGCGCCUCGGAAGCACCGGCGCCGGGUCCAGCCUAGCAGGGCGGCCUGGGCGUGGGAGGAGCGGCCCGCAGUGACUGGUGCUCUGGCCUUGGAACAAGCCCUAGAAGCUCCACCUGAGAGCUGGCUCCUAAGGGAGUGGACUCCCCGGCCGCCUCCGAUUCCCUACCCCUUGGUGCCCUUCUGA